UAUUAAUAGUCUUUCUAUAAAGUAUGUGAAUCUACAAAGUGCCAAGGGGACGUUUUUCAGUACCUGGCGAUAGUUAUUAUGGCUGUUCAAGCACAGUUUUAUCCUGAAAAUAUGGGUUUACCUUUGCCCAUGUGUGGCCUUCAGGAUUGGAUGGUAAACACUGCACCUGCAGUUCCUUCGUUUGAAGCUGAUUUUUUUUUCAGUCUUCAAGAUCCUUCUAUGCAGACGGUUCCUUUUCAUGUUCAACAAAACGCUCAGAACUUGGCUUCUGCUGCAGCUUCUUCUUCUUCAACGUGUGAUAGUUUUCUACCCAUGUCACUUUCUCAAUCUUUAGAUGCUCAACUGGAGAUGCAAAGGCAGGAACUUGAUUGCAUUCUUCAAUUGCAGAAUGAGAGGCUAAGAUCUGCUUUGCUAGAGCAAAGGAAGCGACAACUGGCCAUCCUGCUAAAGGGUAUGGAAACGAAGGCCUUGUAUUCGAUGGAACGAAAAGAAGAAGACUUGGCACGAGCAACAAAGAAAACAAUGGAGCUUGAAGCCUGCCUAAGAAAAGCAGAAAUGGAGGUCGAUGCAUGGCGAAGACUAGCAAAAGCAAAUGAAGUAAUGGUUAUAGAUCUAAACAACACAUUGGAACAGGUCAGAGAAAGCCUAGUCUGGGUCAGCAAUACAGCCGAAGAUGCAGAAUCCCUUUUUUGUGGUUCGUGUGACACAGAACAAGGAGAAGUAAAAGAAGAGAGCAGCAACAAAAAGAUGGCUUGUAAACACUGCAACUCUAGGAACUCGUGCGUUCUCUUUCUACCUUGCAGACACCUUUGCUCGUGCAAGUCUUGUGAAGCUUUUCUUGAUGCUUGUCCUGUCUGUGAAUCUGUAAAGGAGGCCAGCAUGAAGGUUUUUUGGGUCUAA